UGCGCCAUCCCCUGCUACCAGCCCUACUUCACCCAGGAUGAGAAGACCUUUGCCACCUUCUGGAUCGGCCUCUGGUCCAUCCUCUGCUUCCUCUCCACCUCCACCACCGUGGCCACCUUCCUCAUUGACAUGGAGCGCUUCAAGUACCCUGAGCGCCCCAUCAUCUUCCUCUCUGCCUGCUACCUCUUUGUCUCCGUGGGCUACAUCGUGCGGCUGGUGGCAGGGCAUGCCAACGUGGCUUGCAACCCGGAGCACCACCACAUCCACUAUGAGACCACGGCCGGCAUGAAGUGGGGCAACGAAGCCAUCGCUAGCUAUGCGCAGUACUUUCACCUGGCCGCUUGGCUCAUUCCCAGCGCCAAAUCCAUCGCUGUAUUGGCACUCAGUUCCGUGGACGGCGACCCGGUGGCCGGGGUUUGCUAUGUGGGCAACCAGAGCCUGGAGAACCUGCGGGGCUUCGUGCUGGCACCGCUGGUGGUUUAUCUCUUCACCGGCAGCCUCUUCCUGCUGGCCGGCUUUGUCUCGCUCUUUCGCAUCCGCAGCGUGAUCAAGCAGGGCGGCACCAAGACUGACAAGCUGGAGAAGCUCAUGAUCCGCAUCGGCAUCUUCACUGUGCUCUACACCGUGCCUGCCACCAUCGUCAUCGCCUGCUACAUCUACGAGCAGCACAACCGGGAGGCGUGGGAGCGGGCGCAGAACUGCUCCUGCCCGGGGGACCCCCACCGCCCCAAGCCCGACUACGCCGUCUUCAUGCUCAAGUACUUCAU